AUGAAUGAUUCCAAAAAGCCUCGAAUUCUGCCUUUACUGUACUCAAAACUUAGCCUAUCAUUAACUGAUUUGACUUCUUCGCCUUAUUUAAAACCUGUUUUCAAUAUAAGGAAGAAGCAAAAUCCAAUUAAACUUCCUCCACAAAGAACGAUUACAACUAUUAGCCACCAAAUAACUAUCUCCAAGGAGAAUAUUUCUGGAACAAAAAACUCUCUAUUAAAAUCGAAUACAAGUGUAGCUAGACUUCCAAUGAUAAACCAAUCUUUAUCUCCAAUCUCUAGAGAUAAUAAAGACAUCUCGUGGGACCUUGUUUUAGACAACACAAAAUUUGAUAAAAUUUUGAGAGAUUUUAAGGAAAAAUUAAAAUCUAUUUCUGAAAAGCCCAAAAUCUUUGCUUUAAAAAUUUAUUUUGAAACAUUCGAAGAAGUUCUUCUUUUGUUGCCAGGACUACAGAUUUUGCGAGAAAUAAAAGAUGGGCUGAGAAAUAUAUUGAAAGAAGAAAGCUCCGUUUCAGAUAAUAUUGAGUUCGAAAAAAAAGCAAAAUUGUUAGAAAUCAAAGUAGAAGAAUAUAAAAAAUACAAAGCAGAGAUUGAUAAAAAACUUAAAAUACUCAGCAAUGAAAAUAUUGAGCUGAUAAAUCAGAUUGAAAAACUUAAGAAAGAAAACGAUGUUUUUCUUGGAAAUACUGAAGGGAUGAAGUCUCAAAAUUAUUUAAAUAUGCUGUUGGAAGAAUCUAAAAGAAAAGGAGAGACAAUUAAGAUUUUAAAUGCAGAAAAUUAUGAAUUGAGAAAAAAAGAUGCAAAAUUGAUGAAAAUGAUAGAAUUUGCAAGAAACAAAGGAACAACUUAUAAUUUUUCCAAAAAAAGCUCGAUAAAAGAAAAAGAGAAUGAAAGUAUCAAAAUAAAUCCAAAAAGAUCGCUGCCUUCUAAACAAUUAACAGUAAUUCCGUCGAAAAAAAAACUAAAAUCACUAGGUGAUUACAAUGAAAAUGAAAAUAUAAAUUCAAAAAAAUCAUCACCGGUACCUGAGCUUGAUAUAACUCGCAUAAAAUCUGACUCCUUUUUAGAUCUUUAUGAAAACAAAGAAAUUUCUGAUGACGUUUGACUCAGAGAAUAA